AUGAUGUCUCUACGCACCUCGUUGAUGCGAACAAGCCGUAUCGCCUCAACCUCCACCCGCACUCUGAGCACCACCUCUCGCCUCGCAAAGGACAAGCCCCCGCCGCCAAACAUCCCUCCCGGCGCACAGCAGAAGGGUCGCACCUCGUCUCCCGCCCACGAUGACAAGUCAUCUGCCUCCACUCAGGGCUCUGCUCCAAACAAGUCUGGCGAUGACCACCCAGCGAAGCAGCCCGAUCCCCAGCAGCCCAGCGACAGAAGCACCGGUUUCCAAGAAGUCAAGGAAGUCAAGGGUGGAAAGGAGGGCCUAGGAGCCAGGACCGACAAGCAGUAG